CCGGGAAUAGGAUCCGGGAGUCACCAAGCGUACCCUGGCCUAGGAUAGUUUAUCCCGUUCGGGUUCUGAAAAAGACCUCUGCUGGGGUGUCCUCCUCGGUCAGUCCGGUCAGUCCGCUUUGGCGGAUCAUCAAACGACAACGGACCCGGAACCGGAUCCUACCCCCUGUGGAUCCCUGUGGAUCCGACGGGUGUCACAGGGAACACAGUGAGAAUGUGCUUUGAGAGUUGAAGGUGAUGUUUGUUGAAAUACACCUGCAAGGUGAUGUUUGUUGAAGGUUCUGUUUGUUUGUUUGUGAUUUUUGUUUGGCAAAACGCGGUGGGUCAAACAACAGGAUAUGCCAAGGUCGACAGAGUGAUACCAAGCGGGGGUGAGGCAAAUGUGUGGGCAAUGUUGCAACAUGACACGGGCUACGUUACAAGCUUCAUUUAGUUGUUUUGCCACAUGGAACUCCAUGGAACUACACUUGCAACCAAUGGAUGUUGUUAGACAAACCACCACCGGCACCACCGGACUGCUGGACCUAACCCUCGGGUUGCCGGGCGAAGCCUCGGGUUGGCCCCGACUGCUGGAGACAACGACCCGUCUGAGGCAAACGCAUUCUCGACCCUCCCAGUUCGACAUGCCGAUGACCCUGGAUGAUGCAAAGGCGAGCAGUUCGGCACUGUCAGUUCCUUUUCGGCAAAUGGGUAUGUCACAGUAUGUCAGUUCCUUUCAGGCAUGUCACUUCCAUGCAAGAUACCAACUCCGCAUGUAUCAAACAAAUGAGCAAAUUCAGUUCGGAGUUGGUCUCAGAAACAAGCGGAUCUCACAGGGGUAGAGAGAAACAAAAACAUACGGAUGUGUUUUUGAGGCGCCGAGUUACGGAAGUGCUCAAGCCAGUCCAGCUGAUGGAGCAAAGGUUCGAACAUGGAUCGGUUUUGGAAGAGAGCAUGGCACAUCCAAAGAAAAGAUCAGCAAAUCCACACAUCCAAUGACCCCCGCUUGCAACCUGAAUGAAGUCUUUUGCCGGAUCCCCCCAAAGCUGCGUGUGAUGGGACCAAGCCAAACGACGAUCCCGGACUGAAUCUGCAAGUUCUUCCUGGAGAUGGUGUACGUCGAUUUCUUCGUUCCCAAAUCACAAACCAUCCUAUGUUCUUUCUCUUUCUCUCUUUCGUUCUUUCUUUCUUUCGUUAUUUCUCUAUUUAUUUCGUUCUCCCUUGCUCUCUUUCUUUUGUUCUUUUCUUUUUUCUGUUAUGUUCUGUUCUGUUCUUUUCUGUUCCUUCUUUCUUUCCGUCUUUCUGUAUGUCUUUGUUUUUUCUGCGGUUAUGGAAAAACCUCACAAGAGCGACCGACAAACGAACAGCCGCUCACGUUGUUCCUUGAGCCAAACGCAGGUCGUUUUGACCAUGGGUUCACCUUUCUCAGGUGUUCAAGACCUUCACGAAAAAAGGUAUGCUUUGGGUUGUGCUUUUCCAUUCACAAUUUCAUUUGUUUGAUGUAUUGCUUUCUUUAUUUCUUUAAUGUAUUUCAUGUAUUUAUUUCUUUAUGUCGUUCUUUCUUUUCUGACAUUCUUUCUUUAUUUGUUCUGUCAUUAUUUAUUUCUGUAUUAAUUAUUUAUUUUUCUUUUUUGCGUUCUUUCGUUCCGUCUUUUCUUCCUU